AACAUUCAUUUUGACAUCCCAUGAAUUGAACCAUCAAGUGGAAGUGGAAGAAUCAACUCUCAGAAAACUUAUUUCUGCUUUUAGAUAUAUCCGUGCAUUAGAUCUACACGGCUUAAAAAUUAAGACGUUGCCAAAUAUCAUAGGUAAGUUGAUGCAACUAAAGUACAUUGACCUUUCCUAUAAUGAUAUUGAGGUUCUCCCUGAUUCUAUUACGAGACUGGUGAAUUUGCACACAUUGAAACUCAUUUCAUGUGAAAAACUUAGGGAGUUACCAAUAGACAUUCAAAAAUUGGUGAACCUCAAGCAUCUUGAGAUAACUGAAUGUUACAGUUUGACUCAUAUGCCAUAUGGAUUGGGGCGGUUGACUCCUCUUCAGACAUUAACUUUAUUUAUUGUUAGUGAGGAUCCUGUCGGUUCCUCCAAGCAUUGUGGUGGACUAGCAGAAUUGAACAAGCUUAAUGACUUGAGAGGAGAAAUAGUGAUUAAAAUUUUGAAAUGGGUGAAAGAUGCUUCCUCAGAUACCAAGGCUGCAAAUUUGAAGGGGAAGCAGCAUCUCAAUACCUUGUCAUUAGGAUGGGGGCGUGGCAAUGUUGCCGAUGCCGGUGAUGAUGAAAAUUUGUUGGAUGGCCUACAACCACACAGAAAUUUAAAAUCUUUGACUGUGCACGGGUAUGGUGGUGCCAGAUUUUCAAUUUGGCUUUCUUCGUUAACAAACCUUUCUGAAUUAUAUAUAUACAAUUGCAAGAAAUGCCAACAAUUGCCACCGUUGUAUCAACUCCCGUCUCUCCAAACGCUGUCUCUUUCAGAUAUGGAUAGUUUGGAGUACAUAUCAAAUUCGGAUAUCAACGAUGAGGUCUCUGCUUCAUUAUUGACAGUGUUUUUUCCAUCCCUAGAGUCACUCGUGCUCAGCUCUUGUUGCAAUCUAAAGGGAUGGUGGAAGGGGGAUAUUGUGGAUAAUAGCGAUCAGACAACAAUGACAUCCACAUCAUGGAGUCAUCAAUAUCAACAACACAUAUCGGUGCCUUCCUUUCCUCGUCUUUGUUACUUGGAAAUAUGUCAUUGCAGUUUGCUGACUUCCAUGCCACUGUUUCCAUAUCUUGAUAACACGCUUUAUUUGAAAAGCGCUAGCUGGAAGGCAUUGCAACAAACAAUGGCGUUGAAGAUGAAUACGGCAGGAGCUUCUUCACUUCCCUCCUCCUUCCCUCCUCUCUCCAAAUUGAAGUAUCUACAUUUAGAAGACAUGCGGGACACAGAGUAUCUGCCAGAGGAGUGGCUUCAGAACCUGACUUCUCUUAAAAAAUUAAAGAUUUGGGAGUGCCCUAGACUAACAUCUCUGUCCCAAUAUCUCAGACAUAACAACUCUCUUACGAUGCUGGACAUUAGGUGCUGCGAAGAAGUUGAUCUAUUUAGCGAUGUGGAUGAUGAUGGCGCAGGUCGCCCUAAGCGCCUCCAGUGUUUGAUCUUGAAACAAGUUACCAAAAUGAAGUGUCUCCCUACGUAUCUUCAACACGUUACUACUCUCCAAUAUCUCAUGAUUUCCAGAUGUCCCAGUCUGAUGACUUUACCAGAAUGGAUCGGUAGCCUCGCAUCACUUCAAAACCUUGUAAUUGACGAUUGCCCCAAUCUGACAUCACUUCCCGAAGAAAUCAGUUGCCUCACCUCUUUACAGAUCCUAAGCAUCCUUCGCUGUCCCCAUUUGGAACAAAGAUGCCAAAAGGAAAUUGGUGAGGAAUGGAAUAAGAUUGCUCGUGUACCAGAAUAUUCCAAUACAUACUACGUACCUUAUGAUUUAACAAUCCUCAGUUCCCGAUAUAUAGAACAGGUAAGGAGGAAGAAGAAGAUUUUGAAGGGAAUGAAGUGAGAGAAGAAGAAAAGCCUUGAUGACAUUACUAGAGUGGAUCGGCAGCCUCACAUCACUUUAAAACUUUGUAAUUGAUGAUUGCCCUAAUCUGACAUCUUCCUGAAGAAAUGAGAUGCCUCACCUCUUAACAGAUACUAAGCAUCAUUGAUUGCCCCUGUUUGGAGAAAAGAUGCCAAAAGGAUAUUGGUGAGGACUGGAAUAAGAUUGCUUAUGUACCAAAAUAUUUCAAUACAUACUUCUGGCCUUA